UCAUUUUAAAGCUCUACUCUAGAACGGGUCCGCUUGUCACCACCACGGCGAUUACGUCACUUCCGCCCAGGGUUGCUAUUAUGCUCAGACCCUGGAAACUGCCCAAGGAACCUCCUGUCUCGUAGAGUGCCCUCACGUUUGCGAUAAAAGAGUAAAGCAUUUAGAAAAAAAAAUAAUCCUAAAAUGGCCUGCAAAUGGAUAACACAGGAAACCUUUGAUGCUGUUGUUCAAGAAAAUAUUGCCGAGUUUGAUAUGGAACCUGAAGAAGCUUUAAAUGAUGCCAUUCAACAGUUUGAGUCGCAAGGAGUUGACUUGACAAACAUAAUCAAGGCUGUGGGGAAACACAGUGAAGAAGGUGAGGCUGCUCCAAGCCAUGAUAUCCUGCGGACUUUGGAGUCCUUGAGGAAGGCCGUGGAGACGUCUUCUGUAAGCAGUGUCUCUGAGCUUCUCGUAAAGUUUGGGGAUCAGUGUAAGCAGGGCAUGGCACAUCGGUAUCUUGCCGGACAGAAGUUUGCCUACCCUGUGGUAUUGGAAGCCUGGAAACUAUGUGAGCGUGACAGAGAAACUCUUUUGAAUGCCCUUUAUGCUAUGUCUUCUCUCACUGAUGGGCAGCCUGACUUGCUGGAGGGUGUGGGACAAGAACUGUUAACUCAUGCUUUUCAGAAUUACUCAAAAGAUGCUGAAGUGAUUUUACUUGCCAUCCGUCUUACUCGCCACGUAUGCUUAAAGCAUGAACAGAAUCGUCAAGCCUUUGUUAAGGCAGGAAUCUUGCGCUAUCUUACUCAAGCCAUAUCUAACCAUGGUACAGAUCCAGAUGUAGUACGGGAGGCCUGCUCUGCCUUGAGGAUCAUGACCUUUGAUGAUGACAUCAGAGUUCCUUUUGGACAUGCUCAUGACCAUGCCAAGAUGAUUGUAAUGGAGAAUGCUGGCUUAAAACUGUUGAUAGAGGCUGCAAAAGGAUUCACAGAUAACAGUGUAGUCUUAAGUGAAUUGUGUUCUACUAUUGGUCGACUGUGUGUACGUAAUGAGUUCUGCCAAGAUGUUGUGGACCUGGGUGGGCUGAACUUUAUGCUGGCCCUGCUAGCUGAUUGCAUCGAUCAUCAGGAGCUUGUAAAACAGGUACUUAGCGCCAUUAAAGCUACUGCGGGGAAUGAUGACGUGAAGGAUGCCAUUGUGAACUCAGGGGGGACGGAUCUGAUUAUCCUUGCAAUGACACGACACUUCUCCAAUGCCCAGAUCUGUGAUCAGGCCUGUGCUGCCCUUGCUAUGUUAGCCCUGCGUAAACCAGAGAACUGUAAAGUCAUUAUGGAAGGAGGCGGGGCCCUGGCUGCUCUUCAAGCAAUGAAAAUUCAUCCUAAGAAUUGUAUUGUAAAGAAACAAGCCUGCAUGGUGAUCCGGAACCUUGUGUCACGCACUUGUGAUUUCUCACAACCCAUCCUGGAAAUGGGAGCGGAGUCAUUAAUUCUUCAAGCCCGCUGCACUCACAAGGAUUGUGAAGAUGUUGCCAAAGCGGCUUUAAGAGACCUUGGCUGUAGAGUAGAACUACGAGAGCUAUGGACUGGUCAGAAAGGCAGCUUGGUCCAAUAACCUCAAUAUACCAUACAAGUCCUUGUACAAUGUCCAUACAAGAAAAAAAUGAGUGGCAACAUCAGGAGCAAGUGUGAUACUGUCUCAGUAUCUCGUCUAUAUAGAGCAAGUGAUUUACAAUUCCUAUUUAUUUAUUUUUUUAUUGCAUUAUAUAUCUACAUUUAUUGCACUGUUUGGGUUCUUGCUUUAUUCUUCUCUUGGUUCAAUUAAUGUUGUCACACAAUUGCCCCAUCUUCUUUUCUGCAUUUGCUUGUUGCUGCAUAAAUAAUGCAGGAGCCCAGGUAAAUGUCGACUGAAUAUGAAGCCCAGAGACGUCAGCCACGGCAGUCUUCAGACAAGAGACAAGCGUAUUCCCGAAAUUCCUGUUAGUGCUAUAGGAACGUUGAUUAAAGGGAAUGUGUCAUCAGAAAACAACCUAUUGUUUGAAUCAAGUUUUUACGUUAAAUAUAUUUUAUUUUUAAAGUUUUCAUUACUUUUU